CUCUUAUAUUUCAGGCUUCAUCUCUUGUUCCUCACUCAUCAAAACUCCACAAAGUGUCAAAUACAAAACCCAACGGCUACCAAUGCGCUCUUCCCUCUGUUUCCAUUCUAAUUCUAUUCUUGGCGACUUUUUCAUGCAAUCUCUAACCCUAAAAAAUCUCACUUCAAAUCACCACUCAAAAACUACAAAAAUGGUGAAAAUUCUAAUCUUAGAUAAUUUACCUGUUUCUUAUUUAUUUGCUGAUUAAUUGCCAUCUGUGCAUCUCUCAUUUCCCUCUUUAACAUCACAAUUUCCUUUAUUUCUUCCUUGAUUCUUCCCUAUUCCUGGUGAGAAUCCGCGUAUAACAUAAUACUUAUUUUCUUUAAAAGUUUUUAUUUUUUCUUUGCUAAUUUGUGUUCUAUGAAUGAAUGUUAUUGAACAACUGAUUAUGUGAGCUUGUGAAGUUGUUUUGUGAUUUGGGGUUUUCAGGAAUAUAUAUUUUGAUUCUGGGUUGAUUCAAUUUUUUAUGUUUGAUCAAAGGAAAGAUAGGUAAUUAAAGGUUAAAGAUUGAAUCUUUAAGUUUUGUAAGAAAAAACUUCCUUACAAUUCCAUGAAGCUUUGAGCUUUGCCCUUGUAUGCAUAAACCCUUUUAUUUGUAUUCUUCCUUUUUUUGAUUUUUUCAAUUUGUAAUUUAUUUGAGGACUUUUAUUUAUUAGGGUUUUUUUUAUUAUUGUUUUCGUUUGUUUCUUUUGUCAAUCUUUAAGGAUAUUAGCUAAUCCAUUUACAGUCUUGACAACUGAAUUGGUUGUUCUAGGCUAAAUUGUGCUAGGGCUGUAUAUAUAUGUAUACACCCUAAAAAAAUAUAAGAAAAAGAAAGACAUCAACAAAAAGAAAGAAAAAAGGGGGGGUGGGGGUAAGUUUGGGGUGUAUUCUUAAGGGGGAUUCAAGGAAAUGUCUGCUGGUAUUGUUGUUGCCUUGAGUCCCAUUUUUGAAGAAAAACUGCAUUUUCCUGGUCAUUUUGAUAACUGUGUGGUUUUGCACAAAAAUGAAUCAAUCUUGUUAUAUAUAAGUGUGGCUGGGUCUUUGAUUCCGAUUCGAGUCCUAGAAUCCGAUUCGAUUGCAUCUGUAAAACUCAGGAUUCAAACAUGUAAAGGGUUUGUAGUUAAGAAACAAAAACUUGUGUAUGGAGGUAGGGAAUUGGCUAGGAAGGAUUCCCUUGUUAAGGACUAUGGAGUCAAUGGUGGGGAUGUCCUACAUUUAGUCCUUAAGCUUUGUGAUCUCUUAGCCAUUACCGUUAGCACGGGUGGGAAGGAAUUUGAGUUACAAGUCGAUAGGUAUCGAAAUGUCGGGUAUCUUAGGCAAAGAAUAUUUAAGGAAGGAAAAGGAUUUGUGGAUAUAAAGGAUCAAGAACUGUUUUUCCAAGGAGAGAAGCUUGAUGAUCAGAGGCUAAUUAAUGAUAUUUCAAAGAAUAAUGAUGGUGUAAUUCAUUUGUUUGUUAAGAAAUCAGCCAAAGUUAGGGCUAUCCCGAUUGAAAAAGAUGUCGAACUUUCGGUUGUGGCAUCGGAUAUUAGGCCAAGUGAUAAGAGGGAUAAAUGUGAGAAACAAUCUAGUGAGAUAUGUGCUGUAUCUAGGAAGCUUCCUGAUAAAGAUUUUUGGUUAGAACCCGUCAUAGUUAAUCCCAAUAUUCAGUUGUCAUCGGUAAUAUGGGAUAUGAUUAACAUGGCACGUGAUGGUUUGGAUAAGGGUAACCUUCCGAUUAGAUCCACCGAAGGUACGGGAGGAGCCUAUUUCAUGCUAGAUCCCUCGGGUCAUAAAAUUUUAGCUGUAUUUAAGCCCAUUGACGAGGAGCCUAACGCUGCCAACAAUCCAAAUGAUCUUCCUAUCUCAGAUGACGGGGAAGGGUUGAAAAAGGGAACGAGAGUAGGGGAAGGCGCAUUGAGAGAAGUUGCAGCUUACCUUAUUGAUCAUCCUAAGAAUGGGCCUCGUUCAUCGUGCCAUGAUGUGAUCGGAUUUUCGGGGGUGCCCCCUACUGCCAUGGUGCGGUGUUUGCACAAGGGAUUCAAUCACCCAGAAGGUUACGAUGGCACAUUGAAUAAUCUAAAGAUCGGAUCAUUCCAAAUGUUUAGGGAAAACGAUGGUAAUUGCGAGGAUAUUAGUCCUCGGGCUUUCCCCGUGAAAGAAGUUCACAAGGUCAGCGUUCUUGACAUCAGAUUGGCCAACGCAGACCGACAUGCUGGGAAUAUUCUUUUCAAGAAAAACUCCGAAGAUGGCCAAUUUGAGCUUAUCCCAAUUGAUCAUGGCUACUGUCUGCCUGACACUUUUGAGGAUUGCACAUUUGAUUGGUUAUACUGGCCACAGGCCCGUGAACCCUUCUCAUCCGAGACAAUUAACUACAUAAAAUCACUUGAUGCUGAAAACGACCUCAAUUGGUUGAAACUCCAUGGUUGGGAUGUACCCAUCGAGGCUGCCCGUACAUUACGCAUCUCGACAAUGUUGUUAAAGAAGGGAGCUGAAAAGGGUUUGACCCCUUUCAUCAUUGGAAACAUCAUGUGCCGGGAAACCCUGAACGACCCAUCCUUGAUUGAACAAAUUGUUAGCGAAGCACAUCAGUCUCUUCUUCCUGGGAUGAGUGAAGAAGAUUUUCUCGAAGCCAUUUCCCGUAUCAUUGAUUUCUAUCUAGCCAAGAUGAAUGUAUAAACAUAUAGUCAUCUUUACAUAUUAUGUUUCUUUAAUUGUAUUUUUUUGUAUAGCAAAAAUCGAAGCAGUCCAGUUUCGGUGGGACUGAUAGUAACCAGCUCUUUAUGGAAAUGACCUCACAUUGCUUCUGUUCAUUGAAGCAUGAAUAAGACCUUUACCGGGCCAACAUCUUUUAGGUCUGCUUAUGUAACGAUACGCAGCAGUUCCUGUAUAUCAAUGAAAAAUCUUUAUUUCCUCAUUAAUCUUGUGCUUCAAUGGAAUGUAGUCAGACUUUAAUGUGGUUUAUUGCUGCUAACUAACU